AUGGCCUCGACUGCGAAGACCGCCGUGAAUGGCACGUGCGCCGCGAUGCGGGACGGCGCUGCUGAUUCGCUGUGGACAAAGCUGGAUGAGGUGCAGAAGCUGCUCACGAAUAAGCCAGAUGCGAAGGAGCUCUUCACCAAGUACACGACGUUCCGCUCCGUGGUGGGCGAGGUGAAGCCCGUCUUCACGGACUCGGUGCGCACACGGGUGAGGGUGUUCUGCGAGGAGCCGGCCUUUGCCGCAUCAGAAGAGUGCGACGACCUCGAGUCGGUCUCGCUGCACGUUGUGGCGUAUUUGAACUACACGCUCUUUAUGGAGGAGAUGAAGGAGCUGAUGGCGCAGGCGCGGCUGUUGAAGAGCAUAGGGAUGGAAGGGUCAGGGCUGCGGUUCCAGCGCUGCGAGCAGAACAUCGUCGCGCCGGGCAACGAGGCGCGCACUGGAAGCAGCAGGAACCCAUUUAUCCAGGCGCCAGUGUACAAGUCGAGCUACCACCCUGCGACACUCAUCCCCGUUGGCACGCUGCGGCUGCGUCGGGUCUCGAGGGCGUCGGAGGUGGUUGCCGAGAUCGAGCGCGUGUGCGUUGUCAAGAGCGCUCGCUGUUUUGACGUCGGUCGGACUUUGAUGAGGGCAGCCGAGAAGAUCGCCCGGGACGCUUUUCGCGUCCGCUGGGCCUUUACACACGCGCAGCCGAGCUCCAAGGAUUUUUACACCAAGGCCGGCUACACGCCAAAGGACGGGCGUGCGUGCAUGGACUUGCAUAUGCCGUAUGUUGUGAUGGUCAAGUGCUUGGUGGGUGCCUCGAUGUGA